GUAGUGGAGCUGUCUCCCUCCCACGUACUGCUGUUGCCGACGACCACAAAUGCACACAGUGAAAAUCAUUCAUCUGUGUUUGGAACCUCAAUACCCCACUGCGACCACUGUCCGCCGGACUCACAGUUCAGCGCUACUACUUUUCAUCUAAAAUCCGCGCUGGAGUCUCGAGGGACAGCCCAAUAUUGCGCAGAUACCACGACUUGCUCUUUAUACCCUCAUCCUCUGAAUGACGGGCGGACGGUUCGACUUUGACGAUGGUGGCACAUAUUGUGGUGGUUGGGAAGAUGGGAAAGCUCACGGACAUGGCGUCUGCACCGGCCCGAAGGGCCAAGGCGAAUAUUCCGGGUCUUGGAACAAUGGUUUUGAGGUAGUAGGGGUGUAUACCUGGCCCAGUGGAAACGUGUACAAGGGAUACUGGGCACAGGGGAAGCGACACGGACUGGGUGUGGAAUCGAAGGGGAGAUGGAUUUAUCGUGGCGAAUGGACUCAUGGAUUUAAAGGUAGAUACGGGGUCCGGCAAAGUCUUCACACACCUGCCAGGUACGACGGGACAUGGAGUAACGGUCUACAAGAUGGAUAUGGAAUUGAAACGUAUGGUGAUGGAGGUACAUACCAGGGCCAGUGGACUGGGGGGAUGCGACACGGAUACGGUGUGCGACAAAGUGUGCCUUAUGGGAUGGCUACGGUUAUCCGUUCACCUCUCAGAACAUCGCUGGCCUCACUCCGCAGCGAACAGAGCAACGGCACCGUCCUCCAUGCCAACCCGGACCUGUCGGAGAGCCCUGCCGGCACCAGAGGAGGCUUCGUUCUCAACUUUCACAGUGAAGGCGAGGGGGAGAAGAAAAAGGGCCUGUUCCGAAGAGGGUCUCUGUUCGGAAGCCUCAAGAACCUGAGAAAGUCCGACUCCAGGUCGUCCCUGUCGAGCAAACGAAGUUCGGCCCGUAGCGAUGCCGCAAGCUCCAUCAGCCGCAUCAGCUCCAGCGACGCCAACUCCACUAUCAGUUUUGGGGAAGGGGUUGAUGACGAUGUGCACCUGGAGGACAACGUAGAUGCCACCACCACAGAGUCCUACAUGGGGGAGUGGAAGAACGACAAACGGAAUGGGUUUGGUGUCAGCGAGCGUACCAACGGGAUGAAAUACGAGGGGGAGUGGAUAAACAACAAACGCCAUGGCUAUGGAUGCACAAUCUUCCCAGACAGCACCAGAGAAGAGGGGAAGUAUAAAAACAAUGUGUUGGUGCGGGGCAUCAAGAAGCAGCUCAUUCCUCUGAAAAACACCAAGACUAAACAGAAAGUUGAUCGAGCUGUGGAAGGAGCCAUACGGGCAGCAGCUAUUGCCAGAACAAAAGUUGAAAUAGCCACUUCAAGAACGGCUCACGCCAGGAGUAAAGGUGACGCUGCUGACCAGGCCGGUCAGCAAGCCAGCCAGGACUCAGACGCAGCCAGGGCAGUGGCCCGGGAACUGUCCCCCAGCUUCCAUCAACCAGGCCCUGAUUAUAUAAAGCAGAGGUUCAAUGAACCGAUUGAACCUAUUGUCCAAGAGGAAAAGAAAGAGAAGUCCCCCUCAAGUAGCCCUCAUUUCUAUCGUAAAGGCACAACUCCAGACCAAUCUCCCACCGCAAGUCCCCAGCCUUCUCCUCCAUCAACACCCCUGCUAGCGCCAGCUCCGGAGCCUAAGAAAAACUUCUUCAGCAAGCUGCCCUCAAAGCCAGGGAAAGAGAACCAUACCACCGUACCAGAGAGCCAGGUUGCCGCAAAAGCAGUGUCCAAGACAUUGUUGAAACAGGAAGUGCCUCCUCAAACGCAACCGUCCAAGGUGGAUUUAGCCCCCACCAGUCCUGGUAAUGGACAGCUGCACACUGACUCUGAGUACCACGGCUACUAUGUGAAGGCAGACACAAAGAUCCCUCCAGAUGAACCUGAGGGAGUAGAGGAGCAUGUGAUCCCAUCCACCCUCGCCCGGAUGCCACCGCCUCCAAAGCCUACAGUGCCGUACCGAGCACCCACCCCAAAACCUUUAGUGCCAAAGUCAUCUGCCAAAGAAACCAAACCUGAGCCAAAAGUUAAGAAACAAGAUUCGUAUAAGCAAAAAAGCCUAGCCGAAACUAGGAAACAAGCCAGCAUGGAGAUCACCACGGAUUUGGCAAAGGAAGAGUCAGGUCCUAACUCAAUACUGGUUGCCCUUGUAAUGCUGUUGAAUAUUGGUCUAGCAAUAAUUUUUGUCCAUUUUUUAACCUGACGGAAUCUGAAACGAGUGAACUCAUCAAAACUAGCGGCAUAGGCCCCUAACUCUCUGCAGUUGUGUCAACGGCCUUUAAAAAUGGCGCCAUUCAGGGACAGACACAGGCAAAGGAAGACUGGAAAUAGAGCGAAACACGGGAGAAAGAUGAGACCAGGAGCAUUCGGCCCAAGGCUGCCCGGGUUCGCUGGUGAUGAUUUGUGACUCGCCUGGGUUCGGUGAAAGCUGAAGCAAGCAGUCGUGAAAGCAAAAAAAAGAAAUGAAAUAUAAAUAUAUAUAUAUAUAUAUCUGCUGAUCCAAGCUGUUACCAGUCAAGUGCGUAGCCACUCCAU